UGCGCAUUCUCGCGUCCGUAUUCUCCACCAUUGUUAACCAAUGUUACGCCGAAUUAAACUGAGCUGCAGCGCUCGUAACGAUGCCGUGUAGCGUGUGGAAGCGUAGGAAUGGCCGAUGAAAGAAGGAGAACUCGUGCCCAUCGCGGACCUUUGGCCGGCUGAGACAGCCCUUGCAGUGUGGAAGUUUUGUCCCUGCAGACUUGGACAAGUUUGGAAAUCCGAUAGGAGGCAGCAGUAUGUGGUGCUGAUGAGCCGCGGCUAAAAAUAAUCGCUUUCCACUAUACUCUGUCUGAUUACACUCUGUAAAACCCGGCGCCAGGAAUGGAGCUGUGUCAAUAACCACACUUUUUAGAGCCCCUCCUCCAGGUUUCUCAGGACCAAUCAGCUGCCAUGGCCCUUUCCUUCUGUGGCAGUGACAGGAACAACUCCUACAGCGUGGCGGAGGGAGUCCUGAAUAACGGCUGCUUUGUGGACGCCCUCAACCUGGUUCCCCAUGUCUUCCUCCUCUUCAUCACCUUCCCUAUCCUCUUCAUUGGGUGGGGCAGUCAGAGCUCCAAGGUUCAGAUCCACCACAACACCUGGCUGCACUUCCCCGGACACAACCUGCGGUGGAUUCUGACCUUCACCCUGCUGUUUGUGCACGUGUGUGAGAUCGCCGAGGGCAUCGUCUCUAACGGGCACAUGAAAACCAACCACCUCCACCUCUUCAUGCCCGCACUCAUGGGCUUCAUAGCUGCCACUACAUCGGUGGUGUACUACCACAAUAUCGAAACGUCCAACUUCCCCAAAUUACUGCUGGCGUUGUUCAUUUACUGGGUCCUGGCCUUCAUCACCAAGACCAUCAAGCUGGUGAAGUAUGCUGAGUUCAAGGUGGGCAUCCAGCACCUGAGGUUCUGCAUCACGGCCCUGCUGGUAGUGCUGUACGGGCUGCUCAUGGCCGUGGAGAUCAACGUCAUCAGAGUGAGGAAGUACGUCUUCUUCGCCAACCCUCAGAAGGUGAAGCCCCCGGAGGACCUGCAGGACCUGGGGGUGCGCUUCCUGCAGCCCUUCGUCAACCUGCUGUCCAAGGCCACCUACUGGUGGAUGAACCCGCUCAUCAUCGGCGCCCACAAGAGGCCCAUCGAGCUGAAGAAGAUCGGCAAGCUGCCCAUCGCCAUGCGGGCCCUGACCAACUACCUGCGGCUGAAGGACGCCUACGAGGAGCAGAGGGCCGCAGACGACCCGGAGAAGGCCCCCUCGAUCUGGAAGUCUAUGUACCGCGCCUUCGGCCGGCCCAUCCUCCUCAGCAGCACCUUCCGCUACCUGGCCGACCUGCUGGGCUUCGCUGGGCCGCUCUGCAUCUCCGGCAUCGUCAGCCGGCUGGAGAAUAAGAACGAGAACGAGACCAUGGCCAUCGUGGAGGACCACGACAAGGCCCUGCCCUUUGGGGUCUACUUCCUGUCCUCCAACGAGCUGCUCCAGAACACCUCGGUCCUGGCGGUGCUGCUCUUCCUGGCCCUGGUCCUCCAGCGGACGUUCCUGCAGGCUUCCUAUUACGUCACCAUAGAAACUGGCAUCAACCUGAGGGGGGCCCUGCUGGCCAUGAUCUACAACAAGAUCCUGCGUCUGUCCACAUCCAACAUGUCCAUGGGGGAGAUGACGCUGGGGCAGAUCAACAACCUGGUCGCCAUUGAGACCAACCAGCUGAUGUGGUUCCUCUUCCUGUGCCCAAACCUGUGGGCCAUGCCAGUGCAGAUCAUCAUGGGGGUGAUCCUGCUGUACUACCUGCUGGGGUACAGCGCCCUGAUCGGGGCCUCCGUCAUCGUGCUGCUGGCCCCUGUGCAGUACUUCAUCGCCACCAAGCUGGCUGACACGCAGAAGAGCACACUGGACUACUCCACCGACCGACUGAAGAAGACCACGGAGAUCCUGAAGGGCAUCAAACUGCUGAAGCUGUAUGCCUGGGAGGACAUCUUCUGCGACAGCGUGGAGGAGACCCGCACCAAGGAGCUCAAGAGCCUCAAGACCUUCGCCCUCUACACCUCCAUGUCCAUUUUCAUGAACGCCGCCAUCCCCAUUGCUGCAGUGUUAGCGACAUUUGUGGCCCACGCUUACAUCAGCGACACCAGGCUCAGCCCGUCUGAGGCCUUCGCUUCCCUGGCCCUCUUCCACAUCCUGGUGACGCCACUCUUUCUCCUUUCCACCGUGGUCCGCUUCGCCGUUAAGGCCCUGGUCAGCGUGCAGAAACUGGGUGAGUUCCUGCAGAGUGAUGAGAUUGGUGAUGACAGCUGGAGAAAUGGAGACAUGUCCGUGUCCCUGGAGUCCUGCAGGAAACACCCUGGGGCCACCAAGGCCAUAAACAGGAAGCAGCCUCUGCGUUACCAGCUCGACAGCUACGAGCAGCCGGCGCGCAGACAGCUGCGGCCCACUGAGACGGAGGACAUCGCAGUCAAGGUGACCAACGGAUCCUUCACCUGGGGAAGCAACCUGUCGACGUUGUCAGACAUCAACAUCCGCAUUCCCACAGGGCAGCUGACCAUGAUCGUGGGGCAGGUGGGGUGUGGGAAGUCCUCCCUCCUGCUGGCCAUGCUGGGAGAGAUGCAGACCCUGAGCGGGAAGGUCCACUGGAGCAAACUGCCGGAGUGUGAGAUGCUCCAAGAGGGAAAUAUAAGCGCACAUGAGGAGCUAUCUUUCGAAGCCGCCAGGAGUAAAAACAGGUACUCUGUGGCCUACGCAACGCAGAAGUCCUGGCUGCUGAACGCCACUGUGGAGGAGAACAUCACCUUUGGAAGUCCUUUCAACAAGCAGAGAUACAAGGCUGUCAUAGAUGCCUGCUCCUUGCAGCCAGAUAUCGACCUCUUGCCAUUCGGGGACCAGACUGAAAUCGGAGAGAGGGGGAUCAACCUGAGUGGAGGUCAGAGGCAGAGGAUCUGUGUGGCCCGAGCUCUCUAUCAGAACACCAACAUCGUGUUCCUGGAUGACCCGUUCUCUGCCCUGGACAUCCACCUGAGCGACCACCUCAUGCAGGAGGGCAUCCUGAAAUUCCUCCAGGACGAUAAGAGGACAGUGGUGCUGGUGACCCAUAAACUGCAGUACCUGAUCCACGCCGACUGGAUCAUUGCCAUGAAAGAUGGCUCGGUGCUGCGAGAAGGAACCCUGAAGGACAUCCAGAACAAUGACGUGGAGCUGUACGAGCACUGGAAGACCCUGAUGAACAGGCAGGACCAGGAGCUGGAGAAGGACACUGAACUGGAUAGUCAGACAGCACUGGAGAGGAAGACUUUAAGAAGAGCCUUCUAUUCUAGAGAGGCUAAAAACCAGAUUGAUGAUGAGGAUGAAGAGGAGGAAGAGGAAGAGGAUGAAGACGACACUUUGUCUCUGACCACCAGCCGGCGCUCGAAGAUCCCCUGGAAGGUGUGCUGGCGGUACCUGUCCUCAGGUGGCUUCCUGCUGGUGGUCAUGAUGAUCUCCUCUAAGCUACUCAAGCACUCUGUCAUGGUGGCCAUUGACUACUGGCUGGCAGCCUGGACCUCCUCAAACACAACAGGCAACCCUGACCUGAACGAAGCGCACCGCUCCUUCUACGUGCCGGUGUUCAGCAUCCUGUGUGGGGCGGGGAUUGCCCUGUGCCUCAUCACCUCCCUGACUGUGGAGCUGAUGGGCCUCUCUGCUGCCACCAGCCUCCACCACAACCUGCUCAACAAGAUCAUCCACGCCCCACUCAGAUUCUUUGAUGUCACUCCCCUCGGGCAAAUUCUGAACCGUUUCUCAGCCGACACCAAUAUCAUUGAUCAGCACAUUCCUCCGACGCUGGAGUCCCUGACGCGAUCCACGCUACUCUGCCUGUCGGCUAUUGGAGUUAUCGCCUUUGUCACACCCACCUUCCUCAUCGCCUUGGUGCCCCUCAUUGUGGCCUUCUACUUCAUCCAGAAGUAUUUCCGAGUCGCCUCAAAAGACCUGCAGGACUUGGAUGACUCUACCCAGCUGCCCCUGCUGUGCCACUUUUCAGAGACAGCCGAGGGUCUCACCACGAUUCGCGCCUUCAGGCACGAGGCUCGGUUCAAGCAGAGAAUGCUGGAGCUCACAGACACCAACAACACAGCCUACUUAUUCCUCUCUGCUGCCAACCGGUGGCUGGAGGUCAGAACGGACUACCUGGGUGCAGUGAUCGUGCUGACGGCAGCGAUGGCCUCCAUCUGGGGCUCGUUUCAUGGGCCGCAGUCAGGGCUGGUGGGGCUGGGGCUGACAUACGCCCUCACGGUGACCAACUAUUUGAACUGGGUGGUGAGGAACCUGGCUGACCUGGAGGUCCAGAUGGCCGCCGUCAAGAAGGUCAACAGCUUCCUGAGCACAGAGUCCGAGAACUACGAAGGCUGCAUGGAUGUGUCACAGGUCCCUGAGGACUGGCCUCAGCAGGGGGAGAUCAAGAUCCAGGACCUGAGUGUGCGGUACGACCCCAUGCUGAAGCCUGUCCUGAAACACGUCAACGCCUACAUCAACCCGGGACAGAAGGUGGGCAUCUGCGGACGCACAGGCAGCGGAAAAUCAUCCCUGUCUCUGGCCUUCUUCAAUAUGGUGGACAUGUUUGAAGGAAAGAUCGUCAUCGACGGCAUUGACAUCUGCAAGCUGCCACUGCAGACUCUGCGGUCCAGACUCUCCAUCAUCCUGCAGGACCCGAUUCUGUUCAGCGGCUCUAUCCGGUUCAACCUGGACCCGGAGAGGAAGUGUACGGACGAGGGCCUGUGGGAGGCGCUGGAGAUCGCCCAGCUCAAGAACAUGGUGAAGGCCCUGCCAGGGGGACUGGAUGCGAUGGUCACAGAGGGAGGGGAGAACUUCAGUGUGGGACAGCGCCAGCUCUUCUGUCUGGCCCGAGCCUUCGUCCGAAAGAGCAGCAUCCUCAUCAUGGACGAAGCCACGGCCUCCAUCGACAUGGCAACCGAGAACAUCUUACAGAAGGUUGUGAUGACAGCGUUUGCAGACCGCACGGUUGUCACCAUCGCACAUCGGGUUCACACCAUCCUGACGGCUGACCUGGUGAUCGUCAUGAAGCGUGGGAACAUCCUGGAGUACGACAAACCGGAGACCCUCCUGGAGCAGGAGGACGGCAUGUUCGCCUCCUUCGUCAAGGCCGACAUGUAGCCCCCUUCACCCUGCGCAUGACCAUGGAUCGCCACAGUCAGUCCCCCUAUCAUGUGACACACCCCUUUCCCUGUGUGCUGUCAGGAAACUAAAGACAUGCAAACCCUGCAUGACUCAAACCCAUGCAGCUCAAACCAGCUGUUUUAUAACC